CCCGCUGCCGCGGUGAGCCGGGCUGGGAGACACAUAGACGCUGGAGCUCGCGUACAUUUUCGAGCCGGUCGCCGCCAACGCACAUCCAUCUCUCAGUCCACCGUCAUGUUCAGACCACAGCUGGCUUCGAGGGCAGUCUCCCGCCGCCUCGCCGGCUCACGAGCGGCAUCGUAUUCCUCUUCCACAUGCAGUCGCACUCUGCUCAGGAAUCCUACGCGGGUCGUACCUCCAACGUUCUCGCAUGCCAAAGUUGGCUGGGUCAGUCGCAGGUCGCACUACGUGGAUGGUCUAUCUUCGAAGUACAAUCGGGCGAAACCCCAUCUGAACAUCGGUACCAUUGGUCACGUUGAUCACGGCAAGACCACGUUGACUGCAGCCAUCACCAAGGUUCUCGCUGAGCAGGGUGGUGCGAUGUUCAGGGACUACUCUGAGAUCGACAAGGCUCCCGAAGAAAAGGCCCGUGGUAUCACUAUCAACUCAGCCCACGUCGAGUACGAGAGUGCCAAUCGUCACUAUGGCCACAUUGACUGUCCUGGACACGCUGAUUACAUCAAGAACAUGAUUACUGGAGCCGCUCAGAUGGACGGUGCCAUUAUUGUUGUCUCCGCUCUAGAUGGUCAGAUGCCUCAGACCCGAGAGCACCUGCUCCUUGCCCGUCAAGUUGGCGUUAAGAAGUUGGUCGUGUUCAUCAAUAAGAUUGAUCAAGUCGAGGACGAGGAGAUGCUCGAGCUCGUGGACAUGGAGAUGCGGGAUCUCUUGUCGACAUACAACUUCGACGGAGAGAACACUCCCAUCAUCAUGGGCUCUGCCCUAGCAGCAUUGCAAGGACAAACGCCCAAGAUUGGCCGGGAGAAGAUCCUUGAACUUGUUAAGGCUUGUGACGAAUGGCUUGAAAUCCCUCCUCGUGACCUUGACAAGCCAUUCCUCCUGCCCAUCGAAGAGGUCUUCAGUAUCACUGGGCGUGGUACGGUUGCUACCGGUCGGAACGAGCGAGGUGUUUGCCAUAAGGGUGACGAAGUGGAAAUCGUCGGCUACGGAGCCAGGAUCAAGACAACAUUGAGCGGUAUCGAGAUGUUCAAGAAGGAGCUUGACAGGGGUGAAGCCGGUGACAACAUGGGUGUCCUGCUCCGUGGCAUCAAGCGUGAGCAGAUCACUCGUGGCCAAGUCGUCGCUGCUCCCGGUACCAUCAAGUCCGUCAGUAAGUUCCAGGCUCAGAUCUACAUCUUGACUAAGGAUGAAGGUGGUCGUUACACGCCCUUCACGGAGUCGUACUCGCCGCAACUCUUCGUUCGCACUGCUGAUAUCACAUGUAAGCUGGGUUGGCCAGAGGGUGUUGCUGAUGCCGCUGAGAAGAUGGUUAUGCCUGGUGACAACGUCGAGAUGACUUGCACGCUACGCAAAGAUGUUGCAGCGGAGAUUGGGACACGCUUCACGCUCCGUGAGGGUGGCAGGACUGUCGGCACUGGCAUCAUCACGAAGAUAAUCGACUAUGCGUAGUGGGCUGGGAGGAAUAUAUUUACGUACCGCUAUACAUACAUGUCUAUAAUGCUCAUCAUCGCCAUCCCCACUCGCAAACGUAGAAGUUGGCUGACUACAUCUUGCUUUCGUCGUAUUGCAUGCACACAUCUCGCUUAGUGCCUCAUCUGUUCUUUCUCCAACUAUGCUAGUCCCACGAUAGCAAGCAUUAAAGCAUGACCCAAUAAUGUAUGCAUCGUGGAACACA